UGCUGCGACAGUUCGCCGGCUCGUUUCUCCGCGUCUGUCCGUGUCAGACCCGCUGCAUGGCGGACUAACCGAACCCUGAAGACCCCUACUGUCGUGUGUGCGCUGUUUGACGCGACAAGGCGGAUAUUUCUCAUCUUUUGGAGAGUUGCAGAGGAAGUGCACGAUGAAAUACAAAAAUCUGAUGGCCAAAGCGUUGUACGACAACGUCCCAGAGUCUCCUGAAGAGCUGGCCUUCCGCAAAGGUGACAUCCUGACCGUCAUCGAGCAGAACACCGGCGGCCUGGAGGGCUGGUGGCUGUGCUCCCUCCAUGGCCGCCAAGGCAUCGCACCAGGCAACCGCCUGAAGCUGCUGAUCGGGCCGAUGUUCGAGGCCCAGUCACCUGUCGCCUCUGCUCCCACUCAGUCACCCACACAGGGCUAUCAGCAGAAGCCCACAGCCCAGGGGCUCUACCAGGUGCCACCAUCCCUCCAGAGCCCUCAGCAGCAGCAGAACCAGCAGGGCAUCUACCAGGUUCCCUCAGGGCAGGACGUCUACCAGGUCCCACCGAGGAGCACACUGGCAGCUGAUAUCACACCAAGCAAGGUGGUGACCCCGACCAGAGUGGGACAGUCCUACACUUACAGCCCCGGUCAGCACAACCAGCAAGACCUCUACGACGUCCCGCCCAGCCGAUCCCAGGGGGUGUACGACGUCCCUCCAAGUCAGACCUUCCCCAGUCAGCACAGCAGCAGCAGCAGCGGCAGCAGCAGAAACCAGGGGGUCUACGACGUCCCUCCGUCUCAUCUGGACUCCAGAAAUCAAGGAAUCUAUGACGUCCCCCCCUCCGCGCAAAUGGUGUACUCGGUGCCUCCCUGCAGGAGCAACACCAGCCUCCAGGAGGGGAACUAUGAUUUCCCACAGCCUCUCAAGCACAAGCAGGAAGGUAUCUACGACGUCCCUCCUCCCGCCCUUGCCAAACCCAUCCAGAGUCCCCAGUCCCAUUAUGAUUUCCCCCCAUCGAUGGAGCCCGCUGCCCCUCCCGCACAGAACACCGGCGAAGGUAUUUACGACGUACCUCCACCUGUGUCGAGCGCGGGAUCCCGCAAAGACAUUUACGACGUCCCCCGGGGCCUGCAGAGACCCUCGCCUCCCGACCGCGACGGCAGCAAGGGCGUGUAUGACGUCCCAGCGCCGGACCCUCGAGCCACGGCGGAGAUCACAGAGGGUGUGAACCGCCUGUCCUUCUCCAGCACUGGAAGCACCCGCAGCAGCAUGUCCACCUCGUCCUCGUCUGCAGGGUCCAGCUCUGAGGGGCGCCUGGCGCUGGAUUUGGACUCCGCCGUCCAGCGGUUGUACCGACUGCAGCAGGCGACGGACAGCUCGGUGGGGACACUUCAUUCUCUGGCGGCGUCACCGCACUGGAGGACUUUCGCCUUCAUGGAGCAGCACAUCAACGACGUGCGGACGGUUCUGGACAGGGUCCGAACGGCUCUGGGGGAGUUGAUCGGGUUCGGUCGAGGGGCCGCGGCGAACGCCACGGCGCUCUCCGACUGCAGCCUGCACAGUAAACUGAGGCGGCAGCUGGGACGACUGGAAGACUCGCAGCAGAUCCUCCAGCAAAUCUACCAAGUCCUGGAGAGCUGCAACUGGGCUCUGAAUACUUUGGCCAGCUCCGCUGGAGGGAAGCAUCACAACAAGAGCGAUGAGCUGGACCGCUUCGUCAUGGUGUCCAGAACAGUACCUGACGACACCAAGCAACUGGUGUCCACCAUCGGAGCCAACGCCGAGCUGCUGUUCAGGCGGACACACGCGGACGGAUCCUUCUCCACCGGAAGUUCCCCCGAGGAGAACCUGAUCCACCCUCUGACCUCACCCUCUUCCAACAACGACAACUACGGAGGUCCCACCAAGCCCUUCCCAGUGCUGAGCGGCCAGGACAAAGACAACAUGAACCACAGCGAGAAGUGUGUGAAGAGCUGGAUGGAGGACUACGACUACGUCCACCUGCAGGGGAAGGAAGAUUUUGAGCGUCAGCAGAAGGAACUUCUGGAGAAGGAAAAUAUUAUCAAGCAGAACCAAGUGCAGCUGGGACCAGAGCAGAUCAACCAGUUCAAAAAGCUGGAACAGGAGGUGACCAAACCAGUGGAGAAUGACAUCACGCAGUGGUCGCCACACCAGCACUCGGGUAGAACGUCGGCCACCCCGCCCGAGUCGUCCUCGCCCGUGUCUCCGACCACCCACGUGUGCGCACACGACCGGCAGUUGCUGGGCUUCUACGCCGACCAGUGCAACGAGCACUUCAACACGCUGCUCAGCGCGGUGGACGCCUUCUUCGGCUGCGUCAGCCUGGGCCAGCCGCCCCGCAUCUUUGUGGCGCACAGCAAGUUCGUCAUUCUCAGCGCUCACAAACUGGUCUUCAUCGGCGACACGCUGUCCCGGCAGGCGGCGGCGCCAGACGUGGCCAACAGGGUGAUGAACUCCAGCAACGUGCUGUGCGACUUGCUGAAAACUGUCGUCGCCGCCACCAAGACGGCGGCGCUGAACUACCCGAACACAGCCGCCAUUCAGGAGAUGGUGGACCGGGUGACGGAUCUGUCUCACCAGUCACAGCAGUUCAAAGAGCAGCUGCUGCAGAUGGCUAAGUUGUGAAGCUAACGCCGAGCUAAUGCAGCUAUAUUUACGGUUAUAAUAUCACGCUCCACCAUGCUUGUCAUUCAUGUUGUACAAACGUCUGUUGUGUAAAUAUCUGCUCUAUUUUUGUGUAGAUUGUGUUAUUUUAUAACAUUUAUAAAUAUAUAUAUAUAUUUGUGUAGCUCGUGUGUUUCGGUAGAUGUUGGCAACAUUUUCAGAACAUUCCUGUCUCAUAUUACAACAAAGCACCUUAUGAGAUGUCUUUCAACGAUGGACUGUCGUCGCUGUGACCGACUGCUGGACGUGUGUAAAAGCUGUCGAUAUUGAUGUGUACCGUGGAGGAGCCAGCAGGGGGCGCUGAAGACAAAGUAAAGCCUCAGUUUGAACUAUGUUGUGUGUUGCUUGUUUUCAUCACAUUUCACUGAGGCGGUUGUUUGGCGUCAGUCGAGUGAAGGAAUGUUGGCAGGAGGUACGCUGGGGUCACUUUGGAGAAAGGUCGGGGAUCACAUACAGUACUUUGGAUCUGGCACUGCCUCCCAGCUAGCUCAUGUAUCGGGAGGCAUCGUAUGGUCUGCGGGAGGAAACCAGAGUUCACAGGGUGAAGCAACCAGAUGGACCCCUCUGAACAGAACGAUACAUGGCAGAGGUGGGCGACUUUUGGAGACCAGGAUGGAGGACUGCGGGAAAUGGACAACACACAUUGGGUUGAAGUCAAUCGAGUUCAAGUUUACUGUCAGAAUAGACUCUCCACUGACUCUCCAUCUCGCUGGACUGAGAGUGGGCUGUGU